AUGGCAUCCGGAGCGUGCGGCCACUCCGGCCUCGCGGCGCCUCGCCGGCACGCCCUCCUCCUCCCGGCGCCGGCGGCUCCCCCGUGCGUCUCGCAGCGCGCCGCCCGCCGGAGGAGCCACGCUCGCCUCGCUUGCGCCGCCGGCCCUCCGUCGACGGAAGCACGCGGCGGCCUGGAGUUCGCUCGCCGCCCCCCUCACCACUACUGGAGUACAGGCGCGGGGGCUCCGGUUGUCUCGUCUUGCCUUGUAAGAUGUAGGUUGUUGUCAUGGUUGAAGCCAAUAAGGUAUGAUGUCAGAGUGCAAACAUCUAACAUAGACCUUGGAGCUGGGAGCUAUGAAGGAGAUGAAGCAGGUGGCCGUAGGGAACAGUUGGAUAGUUCUGGUACCAAAAGUUCAAAUGAACCAGCAAAACCAGCUUCAGGAUCUCGUUACAUGCAAGCUAUUGCUGCCGUGCUACUUCUGUGCGCCCUGGCAUCUGCUUUUAUCGUUUUCUUUAAAGGACAGCCAUCUGCAGUUGUAGCUGCACUAGCAAAGUCAGGUUUCACGGCAGCAUUUACACUCAUUUUUGUAUCCGAGAUCGGGGAUAAGACAUUUUUCAUUGCUGCACUACUUGCGAUGCAGUAUCAAAAGGCAUUGGUUUUACUUGGGUCAAUGGCUGCUCUUUCCCUGAUGACUAUUGUGAGUGUCGUAAUUGGACGGAUCUUUCAGUCUGUACCAGCACAAUUUCAAACAACGUUACCCAUAGGAGAAUAUGCAGCGGUUGCGCUCCUUGCAUUUUUUGGUUUCAAAUCAAUUAAAGAUGCAUGGGCACUUCCAGAUAAAGUGAAUGGGGAUCUUCAAGAAAGCUCUGAAUCUGGCGAACUGGCUGAAGCUGAGGAGCUUGUUAAGGAAAAGGCUUCACUGAAAAUCACCAGUCCUCUUGCGAUUCUCUGGAAAUCCUUCAGUCUUGUUUUCUUUGCGGAGUGGGGGGAUCGCUCUAUGCUGGCUACAAUUGCUUUGGGUGCUGCACAGUCUCCUUUGGGCGUUGCUAGCGGGGCCAUAGCUGGACACUUGGUUGCAACUUUGCUUGCGAUCAUCGGGGGAGCAUUCCUAGCCAACUACCUAUCCGAGAAGCUGGUUGGCCUGCUGGGAGGAGUGCUGUUUUUGUUAUUCGCCGCCGCCACGCUUUUCGGCGUGUUCUGA